AUGGCCAGUCCGGUCUACAAACUUGCCCAACAACUAGGUGAACUACUCCAACUACAUAAAUUAAAAUUGACCACAGCCGAAUCCUGCACCGGCGGCCAAUUAGCACAAGCCAUUACAAUGAUACCAGGUAGUUCAAGUUGGUUCGAACGUGGCUUUAUCACUUAUUCCAAUCUUUCAAAGCAGCAAAUGUUAGGCGUGCACACCGACACCCUGAAUAAUUAUGGUGCGGUUAGUGAACAAACUGCUAGGGAAAUGGCACAAGGCGCUCUAACACAUAGCUCGGCUGAUAUUAGUAUUGCUGUAACCGGAAUUGCGGGACCCGAAGGUGAGGGUCCAGACAAGCCACCAGGCACUGUAUGGUUUGCUUGGACUUGCGAAGGUUUUGGGACCCUAACCCACUUACAAAUAUUUAGCGGUGAUCGUUUAUUUAUCCGCGACCAAGCUGUGGAAUAUGCUUUGCAAGCAUUAAUUAAAUUUACAAAUUCUAAUAAGCCUAAGCCAAAACUGGAAAUACCUGUUUAA